GAUCUGUCGACCGGUGAAGGGAACGCGUCGUCGAAACUCAGCGCGGCAUUGUGUCUAUAAAACCCGGAUUUUCUGUCUCCCGAGGAACGAUAUAAGCGCGCGGAGUUUCCCUGCUUCUGUAAACGAUUGCGUGAAGAAAAUUCACCCGCUUUGGAGAAAUUUCCAGUGAAAUGUGAACAGUUGAUAAUAAGAAAGGCUCCAACAAACGUAAGGAAGCGGAAGACCAAAUUUGACACGCACAAAAAGGUCAAUUUUUUUUACGAGUCAAAUUCCAUCGAAGAAGAAAUCCGACGGUAUAAAAAAAACAACCGCCGUACAUAAUUCGUCGCUGGAUGUUGCAAUUCGCGGUUCAGUGAAAAUUACCAUUAUAUACAGCUAACUUGUGAGAGGUAUGGCCGUUUGCGCAAAAUUUAAAAGCGAUUUCAACGCCUGGCAAGGAGGCGUUCACUCGCUUCGUUGCUCGUUCUUCGUUUAAAAAGGAUUGUUGUUGUUGUUGUUUUUUACAAGAAAUAAAGUGUCUCAGCUGAAAAAGUUUCGUUUCACACUCCGAAUUUAAAACGUUAGUGUUCCUGACUACUGGUAACCUGGUAAGUGGCAGUUAGAGUUGAUUAAAAUCGAUCAAAAAUUGUAUCGCUGAAAAUAAAUGGAAUACCUCAGCUUUGAUUUACAACCGAAUUAAAAACUGUAGUUGUUUUAAACGAACGUGGAAAGUUCUGUAGCUAUUUUUCUGUCAGCAAUUAACGGUCGCGAGUAGCUCGCGGGCAUGUAUUAAACUAUACAGUUUAUUAAAAUGGACUGACGAAACCCAGGAAACAAUUUCGACGAGAUACUGUAGCAUAUACACAGAUUCUUCAUCAAAACUGCUCCCAUUUAAGGUGCAGAAUAGACGAGCUCGAUUCGUCUAUGAUCACGGAAGUACGCAGUGGAUAAAUAUUUAAGGGACUAGAUACUUUGCGCGUCUGAAAUCGUAGAAGAUCGUUCCAGCUGAGUUUUGCAAACCAUUUUUCAUGGUUUUCCGACAGUUGAGAGCAUGUGCGAAAGACAAUGAAUGAAGCACGUCCAAUUUGAGAAAGUGUGAUACUCGGCGAAAGAAUCUCCCGAGUUCCUUGAACAUCCUUGAACAGGACAAAGCACGACGCGAGGUGCUAAGGAUAUCUCGGUAUCAAGUGUUUGGAAGACAAUUGGAAGUGGAAGUGGAAGUGGAGGUGAAUCGGUUGGAAGAUUUGACGGUCCGAGUGGCUCUUGAUGUCAACCGAACUUGGCAACGCUGCAGGGUUUAAACGUCAAUGUGACUCACUGUGCAAAGUGUCGCCAUUCUUUUAGGCGGAAAACAUGUCCUCACUGUCUUUGCUGGUCCUCGGUUCACUUCUGCAGGCAUGCAACUUGGCUACGGCACAAAAUUUACAAGGAUCGGACCUGCGAUGUAGCCAUCCAGCUGUACCCGUUAACGCCAAAGUUUCCUUGUCCACGGAAACCUUGAAUCCCGGGACUCUCGCCACUUACAACUGCGAUGCUGGUUACGAGUUGUUCGGUCAAUCCACGCUGACUUGCAGCAAUAGAGGAAAAUGGCAAGGAGAACUACCGUUCUGUGGAACAAAUGUGGCCUUUCGAAAGCCCGCGAAUCAAUCGACGACCGUUAGAGGAGGCGACGCUGCCCAUGGAAAUGACGGUGACGUUGGUACCGAACACGAUGGACGCAGGUGCACCGAGACCCAAAAGGAGCACAGCCCCUGGUGGAGGGUGCAGCUGAUGAAGGACUACGCUGUAAAAGUCGUCAGAGUCACCACCAGAGGCUGCUGUGGUCACCAGCCACUCAAGGACCUCGAAAUCCGGGUUGGAAACAGCAGCACGGAACUACAGAGGAACCCGUUAUGCGCCUGGUUCCCCGGAACGAUAGAAGAGGGAGUCACCAAGACUCUAACCUGCGCGAGAGCUCUGGUGGGUCAGUACGUCUUCCUGCAGCUAGUUGGGGUAGAGGGGAGCCUGAGCCUCUGCGAGGUCGAAGUGUUCGCGACUGACGAGUUCUCCGUCGACAGAUGCGCAAGCGCCGGAACACCCGCCGAUACUGACAUUGCAGCGUUCAACUCAACCUGCUACGAGUUCGUCGUUACCAAAGGAGGAUCCUUCCAGGAUGCCAAGAACUACUGUCAGGCUCGUGGUGGCGAUCUGGUCCACGGAUUCAUGGGCGCCUCGUCAAAUUUCAUACUGAACAACCUCGAGCGAAGGAAGAACAAGUUGAAGACACAGUUGGUGUGGAUUGGGGCUGAAAAGGAGCCGCAGAUAGCUGCGAGAACCUGGCGAUGGGUGGAUGGCGAAGUCGUGCAGAGCCCAGCCUGGGGCAAGGACCAACCGAACAACUAUAACGGGGAGCAGAACUGCGUGGUCCUUGACGGUGGUAGGGCCUGGCUAUGGAACGACGUUGGCUGUAACCUGGAUUACCUUCACUGGAUUUGUCAAAGCAAACCAAGGAUGUGCGGUAGUCCCGACAAAGCAGAAAACACGCAAAUAACAGGAAACGAGAGAUCGGUGGGAUCAACAAUCGAGUACGAGUGUCCUGAGGGAUUUAUGCUUGUUGGUUCACGGAUCAGGACGUGUGCAGAGUCUGGAUUCUGGAGCGAUAUCGCACCCGACUGUAAAUUCGUGGAUUGUGGUCCACUCCCAGGCCUGGACCACGGCUCUGUGACCCUUGUGGACGAAAGAACAACCCACGGAGCCUUGGCCGAGUACAGUUGCAAUGAGAACUACACUUUGGUGGGCGACGUGAAACGGGAAUGCGGCGACGCUGCUCUAUGGACCGGGAGUCAGCCGCAAUGCAUGUUCGACUGGUGCCCCGAGCCGCCGGCAAUCAACGGAGGACUUGUCACAACUUCAGGAAGACGCGCUGGAUCGAUGGCGACUUACUCGUGUCAAAACGGGUUCAUCUUGUUCGGUGACAACGUCCUGGAGUGCGACAUGGGCGGUAAAUGGUCCGGCAAAGCACCCCAGUGUCGAUUCGUGGACUGCGGAGCUCCGCCACAGAUCGAAUCGGGCACAGUGACGCUGAUCAACGGUACGACGACGGUGGGCAGCCUCAUGGAAUACACCUGCCCUGAGGACUACUGGCUCACAGGAGAGGCGAGGCACGUCUGUACCAAAGACGGUAAAUGGAGUGACGAGACUCCCUAUUGCGAACUGAUAUCAUGCGAAGAACCCGAAACCCCAACUGGCAGCAACAUCGUUAAAUACGACAGGAAUGUCCACGGCGUGAUCGAAUACGAAUGCGAAGCAGGGUACCUGAUGUACGGAGAUGCGCGUCGCACAUGUGGCACGGAUGGAUAUUGGACCGGAGAUGUUCCUGAUUGCGAAUAUGUGGACUGCGGUAGAGUCCAGACGAUUCUUUACGGAGCGGUUGAAUAUGUUAACGGUACGACGCACCUUGGAAGCGAGAUCACAUACUCGUGCACGCCAAACUACCGGCUGAAUGGCGUCCCGAGGAGGUACUGUCUCGACAAUGGUCAGUGGAGUGAUGCGACGCCAAAAUGCAAGGAAGUCCGUUGUCCCGAGCCUGUUCUUGCGGAGCAUGGAAUUCUCUCGGUUACCGGAAACGACCGAAUGCUCGGAAGAACAUUCAUCAUAACUGGAACCGUCGAGAACUCCAAUACCGGCGCUACUUCCUACAAAAUAGGUGCAUCGGCCAAGUACCGAUGCGAACGAGGGUACAAAGUCGUCGGAGAACCACUUUCCACCUGCGAAGACAACGGACGAUGGAGCGGCGAGGUUCCUCAGUGCGUUUACGUUGACUGCGGUAAGCCUGAAGAGAUUCAGCAUGGACACUACACGCUCACGUCGAAUGCUUCAUACUACGGAGCCGCGGCUUUGUAUGAGUGUGACGGCAACUUCGAACUGGACGGAUUCGCGCGAAGACUUUGUCUCGAGAAUGCUACGUGGAGUAAUGACACUCCCGUCUGUAGAGAAAUCAGAUGCAUGGAUCCUGAUCGAACUGGCGUUCUCUCAGCCCAGGUGUCGACCCACAGCGUCGGCGGUGUCGCCCACUACGCAUGUCCUCGAGGUUACUAUAUGGAGGGCAACGGGACCCGAAUUUGUCUGCAGAAUGGUUCAUGGAGCGGCAGCAUCCCAGCUUGCUUCGCUGUUGACUGCAAAUAUCCGGGACAGAUCGAAAACGGUAGAGUGAUAGUCGUCAACGGGUCCACAGUCUAUGGUGGAGCAGCUGAAUAUCACUGUCUACCACAGUUCGAACGUGUCGGACCCUUCCUCAGAAAAUGCCUUGAUACCGGACUCUGGAGUGGUCAGGAACCAACUUGCGAAUUGGUCACGAACGACGUUGCUGAGGCCCAGGGCGUGGGAACCAGCGUAGGCAUCGGCGCUGGAGUUAUUCUCUUCAUCCUUUUGAUACUCGGUCUGAUUUAUCUGAGAUUACGGAAGGCAACGCCGGUAAAAAAUACUGAGAAUGUCCAAGCAGCGGACCGUAAAGAGGACCAAAACGCGGCUGUGAUGUCGUACGCGAGCCUUAACGACGGGACGACAAAUACGGGUUACGAAAACGUCCCCGAGGAAGGACUGUACGACAGUCCUUACAGCAUUAGCAGUAGCACGUAUGGCGGCAGCAAUGGCGGAAGGACCUACGAUAAUAGACAUUACGAGGUUGAGCCGACCCCGAGGAACGGUAUCACAAUAAACGGGGUAUCAGUGCGGUAGGCACAACUUCCUAUCCUUCGUCUUGAUCUUAGUAUUUCAAAUUGUGUGAGCGUUGAGGAGAAUCGCGUCGUUGCAUAGGGAAUUUGUUUGCCAUCUUUCGAUCGAAAGUUUAGUUGUUCAAAAUUACCGCGGAGUCGGUGAGAGGAACACAAUUGGCUGCAGCACUUCUGAUGCAGAUUAUUGCACGUGGCGCCAUCUCGCAGAUCUCUGGAAAAUUUACCAGAACUGUAAAGAGCCUGCGGUACUAUUGAUAAGGAUAAUUCGAGCUCCUUCAUUUUUCUCCUCGUACUCUGACUAAGAAAAACAAGUUAAAACAUCAUAGAAACCUUUAUGUCUGUAUCAGGAAAGGACGAAGAGUAUAAAUAUUGGGAGAAAAUAUGUUUCUCAAAAUACAUGCAACGACCGCAUUCUUGAUACAGUUUAAAAAAAAAACUCUACUUUUUGUUUCUCUGUUUGUAUUUUUUUUUAUCAUGAUUAUAAUUGUUUUAAAAUAAUGUCGAAAAGGAGAGUUUUAUGGAGGAGUUGUCAACCUGCCGAUCUUACGCAAUUAAUUUAUAAAACUUCGUAUUAUAAUAUAUUAUAAUAUUUAAAUGUGUAAAUAGACGCUAACUGCAUGAGUGUGAGAUAAAUUAAAGCGUGUAGCUAAAAAAACAAAAGAAAAAAAUUAUCCCGGUGUUUUAGAGAAGAAAAAGAAAACCCGAUUGUAUGAUUUUCUGUAUAUACUUAUAUAUUAUACGCAUAUCCAUAUGCAAACGUUGUAAGUGUUCAUUAUUUACUACAAAAUAUAGGUACAAUGUAUAAUGUUUAGAAA